AUGGGUGAUAAGAAUGGCGGUGCUCCAACAAUGGAUAUAGAGAUUCCAAUGGAAGAAGGAGAGCCAUUAGGAGCAACUCCGAACGAUAAACUUAUUAUCACCAAAGUUCAAGGUGGAACAAUUGCUGAAGGGAAACUUAGGAUUGGUGAUCAAAUCAUCAAAGUGAACGGCCAAUCGAUUUCUGACCAAACCAGCUUUUUCAAAGCGCUUCGUUAUGCCCCUCCAUUAGCUAGACUUACUAUUAUUAGGUGGGUUUUGACUUGAGU